AUGCAAAGUGUAACCUCUAUAGAAGUACCUACAAAUUUGCUUAAAAUGCCAAUAAUUAAGAAUAAGGAUAUAAUGGAGAAGAAAUAUGAAUAUGAUAAAGUUGGAAAGAAUUAAAAUGUUAUUGUUGAACCUGCAGUAGUUAAAUUUUGUGGUUUUGAAAUCGGCAAACUAAAUGAGAUUAAAGUGAGAGUCAUCAAUAAAAACAAACAACCUCAGAGAAUCUACGUGUUUCCACCUAAAUCAGAAAUAUUUAAUGUCAAAUUUGAUAAAAAAGGUGCUAUACCAAGUGGAAUGGCUGAAGAACUCUACGUCUAAUUCAAGCCUCAAGAAUACAAAUACUUUUAUGAUGUUAUAAGAAUCAACACCCAAGAUGACACUUUACUAAUACCAAUACAUGCUUAUCCUGCCCUCAAUCGAGAUGGAUUAAGAGAAUUGUUUCCUCGAUUGAUCGAUUUUGGCACUCUCGAUAUAGGUGAGUCUUAAACAUAUAGCUAUCCUAUAUAAAGCAAAGUGCCUCUUAAUUUCGAGUUUGAAUUCAGCAUCACAAAACCUUGUUAAGAUAUUAAAAUCGAUCCAAUCAAAGGUAUCGUCCCAGGCAAAGGAAGCAUAGAUAUUUCUAUAACAUAUUGUCCAUAAGUCAAUGUGACAGAAAUUAUGGAAGUGGAGCUUAAAAUAGCUCAAUUUGAUUUCGAACCAUUGUGUAUCAAAAUUAUGGGAUCUGGUAGGUUCCCUGAAAAUAAAAAAACCAUGAGACCUAGUUCAAAUAAAAAAUUAAAAUCAAUUACUAAUUCUUCAAGAGCUAAACCUCUUUAGAACACUCAAGAAAUACCUGUUGAAGAGAGUCCAAAACCUGAUGAAACACAAUAAAUUGAGAACCAAGUAUAAGAGCGAUCAAAACCCUUGAAAAUGACUAAAAGCACUAAAUUAAAAAGAUCUAAAUCUCAAUAACAAGAAACCAGUGAUAAUAUCGGACUUGAUAAACUUAAAGGCAGACAAUUAUUAGAAAAAUCGUAUUUAGAUCACUUUAAUCAAAUCUAAAGUUUGGAUAAGGAAAAAGAAAUGAGAUUUUUUUAAUGCGUUGGUGAUCCACCAAUAACUGAAACUUAAGUAGAAGACAUUCUACUAGAAAGACAAUAAUAUCUUAAUAACUAUCUAGACGACGUCUAAGCUAAAGGAACAACAAGAUAUACAUUAUUGGUUAAUUCUGAUAGUACAAUUGUGGAUUACAUUCUGCCUGAACAUCAGCAGAGUUGGGAUUUGGAUAAGAAUGACACAAUGAAAAUUAAGAAACUAAAUUUGAGAAAGUUUGUAUGUGCUGCUAGUAGAAUUAUCUACAAAUUAAGGAUGGAAAAAAGAUUAUCAAAAUUAAAGGCAUUUUUAAAAGGAGCAACUACAAGAGCAGAAGUCAAAUAACUUGUAAAUUUGGAUUGCUAAAAAGCAGAGCAUUCAGGAGUUGGUAAAAAAGAUUUUGUCAAAUUUACCUUUGAAUUCAACUCAGAUAAUAUUGGAUUCUUGAAAUUACCAGUUUAAUAUUCAGAAUCCAAUACAAAUUCCUCAUUUAAAUAUACUAUCACACCACAAACUGGGUUUGAUGACCUAGCUCCUUUUGAUGAGUUACCAAGUGAUGAUUGUGAAAUCAUGUAAUAUAAAGUGUGGGAGCCUCCUUAAAUUGUGUAUCAUCCACCUGUAAUUGAAAAACCUUUGAGAGAUGGGGCAGAAGAGGAAAAAUCCCUUAGAGGUAUUAUGGGUCCAGUAACUUAAAUACUUCAGACUUAAAAUGAUAAUAUUGUCAGGAACAUAUAUUUAAAGCCACCUGAUGUUGAAAGCUAUCAAAUCCUUAAAACCAAUAAGACCUUAAGAUUAUAUCAAUAAUUUAAUGAUGGCACUCCUUUGAAUACCUUCUAUCCUCUCAUGUUUAGUAAAGUGAAUGGAAUAGGGGCUGAUCUAGAUCCAGAUAUUGCCUAGAAUCACUAAAUUCUAAAGCAGGAAUUUAUCAAUAGAACACCUGGUUAUCAGAAUCUAAAUCUUGUUUAUGAACUUCCAUUGGAUCAAUUCUACUAUCAGGAGAAAAACAUGCAGUUAGCUUACGAUUUUGGAUUUGAUGAGCAAAUAGAAUUCUACUGUCCAACAAUAAUGGCAGAAAAAGAAUUGGAUGAUCAGAUGACGGAUGAUGAUAGUGAUGAGGAUAAGCCUCCUCAGAUAAAUGUUGUGGAUUAGAAUGAUUGGCUUACUAAACUUGAAUAGGAUGAUAAAACUAUAACGACUUUGAGACAAUCAGAAAUUAUUGAUUCCUUUGAGCAACUAAAAGAGAAAUUAGAUUCAAAUUUGACUUUGGAAAAGAAUAAAUGGAUUUCAACGGUUCCUUCUAAAACUAGUGACUUCAAUAAGUUUAUUGUUAGAAAUGAAAAUAAAAUGGUCAUAUUAUGA